AUGAAAUCAUUCGACGAACCUGGAGAGAAAUUGGAUGUGAAUGGAGAAGAGGCAGGUGUGACGACGAAGAUGAAGAUGAAGAUGAAGAUAGAGGAUGAUCUGCGGAGUCGGGCCGCUAAAGUGACGUUCGCCCGGGGUCGACUGGGUAUUUAUACUGGGAUCGUCGAGCAAGUCGGAGCAGUCAAUUUCUAUGGACGUGUCAUGUGA